GUUACUUUAUACGUAUUUUUUUGGCCCUCUUUGAAUUGAAACACUUCUUUUGUUCUUUGAGUUCUUGUCCCAACAAAUUUCAAGGGGCUUGUUUGACUCUCUGUGUGUGCCUUUUCUACUGUUUGUUGAGAGAGAGAGAGAGAGGGAGGGAGAUGGAGCCAGGGUCAUCAUCAGGAGGGUCUUCAGCUCGUGGUGUUGUGAGUGAUCAGGGAAGAGAAGAAAAGCAAAAGGAAAUGAGAGAAAAGCUAAGUGAGGUUUGUGGAGUUGGAGAAGAAGAAGAAGAAGAAGAUGAUGAUAAGAGCAAUGGGAUUGCUUCUGGUUUUGUACCUGGGCCUUUGGUUUCUCUUAAGGAACAGAUUGAUAAAGACAAGGAUGAUGAAAGCUUAAGGAGGUGGAAAGAGAAGCUGCUUGGUUGCUUGGAAAACGAUUUAAAUGGCCAAAUGGAACCUGAAGUCAAAUUCCACUCCAUCGGAAUCAUCUCCGAUGAUUUCGAGGAAAUCAGUACUCCCUUGCCUGUUGAUGAAAAUCAGAUUGACCGUGUCCUGUUUACACUCAAGGAGGGAUCUCGAUAUCAGCUUAAGCUAACAUUUAGUGUUCUGCACAACAUUGUUUCAGGCCUCACCUACUCCAACACAGUAUGGAAAGGAGGGCUCCAAGUUGAUCAGAGCAAAGGAAUGUUGGGUACGUUUGCUCCUAACAAAGAACCAUAUGUGCACACCUUGGAAGAGGAGACAACUCCAUCUGGGUUGCUGGCAAGGGGCAUUUAUUCAGCAAAGCUUAAGUUCGAAGAUGAUGACCGGAGAAGUCACAUGGAACUACAAUACGCCUUCGAGAUCAAAAAGACAGUUAGCUGACUUUUUUCUGGAAGAUCCUGCAUUCUUAAAUACAUUUCUUCCAUUUGAUCCCCCUAUUUUCUUUUAUCAGUGAACCACACAUCUUUGUUAUAGGAACAAUUAAGCUUUGCCUUGUAGGUAUGAUACAAAUGUAGAUUUGGAUUCUCAUUGCUUGUUUCCUUGAUUUGUACAAUCACAUGCUAAUCACAUGUGUCAUGUAAACCUGGUUGUGUUUGUGCCUCUACUUCACUUAAGCUUUUGUCAAC